UCGAGGCGGAUUUUACUGCUGAUUGUAGCCCGGAUCCGCGUGGCCAAACUGCCCCCCGCACCACCCCGCACUGAGCGCCGCACCGCCACGCACCGAGCGCCGCACCGCCACGCACCGAGCGCCGCACCGCCACGCACUGAGCCCCGAGACGGCCCGCCAGCCCGGCUCUGUGCUGCUCCUGUGACCGUGCUGGUGGUUCAGGAUGAUGACCCCGAGAGAGAAGGUGAAGAAGAAGCCUCCAAAGGACAGCCUGACGCUGCUGCCAUGUUUCUACUUUGUGGAGCUGCCCAUCGUGGCUUCUUCUAUGGUGUCUCUGUACUUCCUGGAGCUGACGGACUUCCUGCAGCCGGCGCGCGUCGGCUUCCGCUGCCACGACCGCGAGCUCAGCAUGCCGUACGUGGACGGAGGAGACGAGCUCAUCCCCCUGCUCAUGCUGCUGAGCCUCGCCUUCGCCGGGCCCGCCGCCUCGAUCAUGCUGGUUGAAGGUCUGAUCUACUGCCUGCAGUCCAGACUGAAGCUCCGCCGAGCCGAGGGGAGCAUCAACGCCGGCGGCUGCAACUUCAACUCCUUCCUCCGCAGAACGGUGCGCUUCGUAGGUGUGCAUGUGUUUGGUUUGUGUGCGACGGCUCUGGUGACAGACGUCAUCCAGCUGGCGACGGGUUACCACGCGCCGUUCUUCCUGACGGUGUGCAAACCGAACUACACGCUGGCCGGCAUCUCCUGCGACAAAAACCCCUACAUCACUAAAGACAUCUGCUCUGGACACGACCAGCACGCCAUCCUGGCUGCCCGGAAAACGUUUCCUUCCCAGCAUGCAACGCUGUCCGCCUUCGCCGCUGUUUAUGUGUCUAUGUAUUUUAAUUCCACCAUCUCGGACAGCACCAAGCUGCUGAAGCCCGUCUUGGUGUUCGCCUUCGCCAUCGCGGCGGCGCUGACGGGCCUGACGCAGAUCACACAGCAUCGCAGCCAUCCCAUCGACGUGUACGUGGGCUUCCUGAUCGGAGCGUUCAUCGCGGCGUACCUGGCUUUUCACGCCGUGGCCAACUUCAAGUCCUCUGAUGAUUUCGUUUCCAUCCCUCCUCCUCCGCCUCCUAAGGACGACGCCCUGCGAGCGCUGACCGAGCGAGGACACGACUCCGUCUACAACAAAGGCCCGGCCUCGGCUUCGGAGAGCAACGAUGAGAUCGCCGCGGCGCCGGCUCCCCUGGACCGCCUGGAGGGCCUCGGGCGUCCCCUGCAGCGGGAGAAGGCCUCCAUGGGGAGCCUGAAGAGGGCGAGCGUGGACGUGGAGCUGCUGGCUCCUCGCAGCCCCAUGGGUAAGGAGACCAUGCUGACCUUCAGCAACACGCUGCCGCGGGCCAGCAUGAACAUCAACGGCGUGCUGGGCGCCAACGAGGGUGCCGAGGACCCGGUGCAGCCGGUCCAGCAGAUCCAGCCGGUCCAGCGGCGCCUGAAGGCGGUCCAGGUGCCCAUGGACCCGAUGCGCUCGCAGCAGCUGGUGUCGGAGUGGAAGCAGAAGUCCAUGGAGAUGCGAGGCCUGAGCGUGAAGGAUGAGGCCGAGCGUGAGACCAGCGAGGAUGGCUCCGAGGUUGGCUCGGUAGGAACAGAUGAAACGGGGUCCCAGGUGCCCGUCUACCCACCCGCAGUGCAGCCGGGGAGGACAGCGUCUAACCCCAACCCCCCUGCCACCAACCAGCCUGCAGGGGGCACCAGAGUAGUGAGUCCCAGACCCCCCCAGAUCCCCGAGGCAGGACCACCACCGGUUUCUCCAAAGAGCGCCUUGACCCGGGCGAAGUGGCUAGCCAUCACGGAGAAGAGUGGCGGAGUGGCGGCGCUCCGUGGCACCGCCAACCAGCCACGCCUCAUGCAGGUCAUCGCCAUGUCCAAGCAGCAGGGACUCCUCCCCUCCUCCUCCUCCGGGGACACGCCCAAGUCCUCUGAAACAACCUCCACCUCCUCUGGCACCUCCUCCACCACCGACUCCCCCCACUACCGCCCUGCCCCCGAACAGCAGCGAGAGGGGUUGGGUAUCAUCACCGUUGACGCCCACGCCCCACACCUGCCUGUCGUCCAAGCCCCGCCCCCUCCCCACGCCCCACCACUUGCCAGCAAUGGGAACCCGUGGGAGUGGAGGGGUUCUAACGGGAGCGACCCACGGGACAUUUAUGACCUCAACUUGAUGACCCGCGGAGACGCCGCCGCUCGGGGCAGCAGCUUCCGGCCGAACCAGAGCGCCUCACCCUCCCCCUCCGGCAGAGACGGUGACUCUGAUGUGCCCCCCCCUCCGCCUCACCCGCACGGCGAGAGCUCUGCGGACGGACAGCGCCGGGAAACGACCACGCGACGCAAGACGGCGCUAGUUCUUCUGGAUCGAGAGAUCCGUAAUCAGACUGAACAGGAGAACUAUUACAAAAACCUGCAAGGACGAAGGUUCAAGGAUUAGUCUCUUAGUUUUUUGAAAAAAUAAAAGCCUUAUUGUGAAACUAGUUAUCAACAGCACAAGAGCUGCAUCUGAGGCUGGACCGUGUUGCUAUGCAUUUCUUGGGCUUGAUGUUACUGAUGGAAGGAGUUGCAAGAAAUCAAGGGUUGCCAUGUAGUAGGGGUUGUCAUGGCAACUCCGCCAGUGAACAACACGGCUCUGCUGAGCUCAGAGAAGACUGAAGCACAACAUGCAACAAAAUCCAAAACCUUGAAGGACUGGCCCACUUCCACCACACUGACCUUCCAUGAAGAGAUUCUUACGUUACUUCCUCUGUGUUCACACGGCCAGCGACCGCCGCUCGGCCGCCGCCGCCACCACAGCGUGAGGGAUGGUGUCACCUGGUGCUCCCCUGUCUGCUGGGUGAGCACCAGGUGACUUCACCUGAACGUUACAAAACAGAAAAUGCAGCAAGUAAGCUUGUCAAAGUCCAGGCUGCAGGCGAGACGGGGCUUCGUUUCCUGGCUGAAGGUCCUUCCAGUGCAGCCAGGAAACGAAGCCUUCAUCCGCUGUUUUUUCCAAGGACAUGCAAGAUCUUUCCCAGCCAUACAUAUCCCAUAAUCCUGUGCAUACACAGGAAGCAGAGUUCCAUUUCAUAGAAAAUGCUGCGGCUCUGGUGGAAUUCCACUGGAGUGCGGGAGCGUUUUCACACCUGUGGUCCUGCGCCGCCAGGUAUUAACCUCUCCAGCUCAGUUUGAAGGCAAAGUGCGAAGCAGACCCGCCGGCCCACCACAGGGGGGCGUGUCAGUGUCACGUUUUGCGUGGCCGAGCCGUGAAAACUGAAGCAGCAAUAACACGACGUGGUCUACAGGGGGUGACAGAGUCCACAUAAGGAGGCAGGCGGGGUUGGGGGUGGGGUUACGUUGGCUAAUGUUGCUAGCUAACCUUAAUUUUGAUUGUGGUGAUGCCUGACAGACCUUCUGAUAUUCUUCCAACAGAUCCAAAUACAUAUUUUAAAACAUGAUUUUUAGGUUAUAAAAAUAUACAGGAUGUGUUUCCUGAGCCUGAGAGCGUCCAUUUACCCAAACCUCACCUUCACCAAGUAUUUUAGCUAACAUUAGCUAACGAGCUAAGAACCUAACAUUCAUUUAUCUCGCUCACCCCUCCUCACCCCCCUCGUCCCUCCUCACCCCCCCAUCACCCCCCUCGUCCUCCAGCCUGGACGCUGCGAGGCCUCUGGCGGCGGGCGGCUCCAUGUGGACGCAGGCCGGCGUAACGCUCCUGCUGAUUGUAUAUUAAUUACUGGAUGGAUAAAUAAGUAUGUCGUUGCCUUUCUGUUGUUACAGCUUGGUUGCUAAUAGUAAUUCCUAGCAUGAAUUAUUUCUCCAGAAAGUUUGUGUGUGUGUGUGUGUGUGUGUGUGUGUGUGUGUGUGUGAGUGAGUGAGUGCAUUAAUAUGUGUAUGUGUGUG